GCCAGGCCCUGCAACCCAAACAGACCGGGACCAUGCCAGCGCUCCGCUCCUUGCUUCCACGCCUGGGACUGUUCCUGUGCCUGGCACUGCACUUAUCCCCUUCCCUCUCUGCCAGUGAUAAUGGGUCCUGCGUGGUCAUUGAUCAAAUCAUCACCUCCGACAGUUUGGAAAUCAACACGACGGCUAACCUCUCUGGUGGGGAUGUAACCUAUACAGUGAAGGUCCCCGUGAACAAUUCAGUCAGUGCCGUGAUCCUGAAAGCAGUGAAGGAGGACGGCAGCCCAGUAGGCACCUGGGAUGGAGCAUAUGAGACGUGCAACACCAGCAGUGUCUAUAACUUGACAUCCCUAAGCCAACCGGUCUUCCAGACAACCUGGACAGUUCCUGCUUCUGAGGAUGUCACUAAAGUCAACCUGCAGGUCCUCGUCCUAGUCAAUCGCACAGCCUUAGAGUCAUUUGUGAAGGUGGAACAAGUAAAAUCCUCAGCCUCGACCCCUAUUCCUGAGAGUUCUGAGAACAGUCUGGCCACAAUCACAACUCCAGCCGUGAACACAGCCAAUACCACAGCCGUGAACACAGCGAAUACCACAGCCGUGACCACAGCCAAGACCACAGCCGUGACCACAGCCAAGACCACAGCCAAAAGCCUGGCCAUCCGCACACUCGAUAGCCCUCUGGCUGGCGCACUCCAUAUCCUGAUUGUUUUUCUCAUUAGUAAACUCCUCUUCUAAAGGAAACUGGGGAAGCACAUCUCCCACCUUCAGGGCAUCCUCCCGAGCUCAUUUCAGGCCAGUGCUUAAACAUACACGAAUGAAGGUUUUAUGUCCUCAGUCCGCAGCUCCGCCACCUUGGACCACAGACCUGCAACACUAGUGCGUUUGAGGGAUACAAAUGUUCGCCUGGAUCUUCCAGGACACAAAUUCUGCUUUUUGUAAAUACUUAGUCCACCCUACUUGUAACCUGAAGUUCUGACUCUCAGUUUAACAUGUUGACAGCCAAUCUGAACUUGUGUUUCUUGUCAAAGUAUUCCCAUGAGCCUCCUGGGUUUUGGGGUGGGAAGGGGUUUAUCCUUCUUUACUUUCAAACUGAUUUCAGAUUUCUGGCCAAACUUACUCAGGUUACAAAGGACUUAUGUAACUUAUGUGACUGAAGGAAAAAGAGAAAUGAAUGAUUGUCCUGUGGCUACUAGCAGAUUCCCACUGUGCCCAGGCCAGUCAGUAGGUUUUGAAGGAAGUAUAUAAAAACUGUGCCUCAGAAGCCAAUGACAGGACACAUGACUUUUUUUUUCUAAGUCAAAAUAAACAAUAUAUUGAACAAGAA